UGCCAGAUCUAGGCUAUUGAUGGAUAUUCUCACAGCAUACUUUGAAGGAUUAACUAAAGAAAUAACCAAUGCUUCCAGAGCUGAUAAAAUAAUCUUAAGAUCUCAGAGCUGGCAUGCUAUUUGCACCUGUCAGCGUUGCUUGUGACUGCCUCUGGCUUCCCAAAUCAUCCUGAAAACAACAUUUCACUUAUAAUAUUUCCCCUCUAUGUGUGUGGAAAAAGUCCAGCAGAUGUGAUGAUGAGUAUAAGCUUUCUGUAAUGAGGAAAGAACACAGAACGUAAUAGCAUUUUUUAAAGAAAGUAGUGAAUAAAUAAAAAGAUAUGCAGUAACAUGUUAAACCCAGACCAUACUGGGGGAAAAAAAAGUCACCAUUACAUCCCAGCGUUACAGAGUUAAUUACUAUAGUGAGGAUGAUUACAAAAGUGGUAGUAAGUCUGUCUACAAAAGUAGACAGAAAUGCUGAGUUGCAGCCUGAAGCAGUGAUAGAGCACCUAGUAGGAAGGCAGGGCCAGACUAGGGGAGCUCAGGUGCAUGCAAUGUAUCUGGGUAAUGGAAAGGGUGGAGCCAGGAUCCACCCCUCCCCAGCCCUCAUUUAAGGGUUGGCAGGGGGCGGGGGGGGUGUUUUGCUGGAGGUCCCUGUGUAACAAGCCUUUUGAAGGUAAGUUCUUUCCUUUAUUUUUGUGCUGCUGUAUUUGCACGAGUUGUUGCUUGCUGCAGUGUGGGAUUUUGCUGCGUUGCUGUUACUGCUGCCCUUUCCAUCGUGUUAGUGUUAAAUGUGGGGGAGAGUAGUCAUUCUUGCAAUUUGGAACUGUUCUGUGCUAUUUGUCGCUAGUGAUAACAGUAUGUGGACUGAAGAAGUACUUUAUUUUUUAAAUGCAGUGAAGUUCAAACUUGUGCUCAAUAGCAUGGUGGUACUGAUUUUUGUUUGUAUUGUAUGUCUACUAGUGCCUGGUUUUAAAGGUUCAAAUGGGAGUAAGGUUCAGGACCAGGAAAUCAAAAGGUUUAUUUUUCAAUAGCAGUUGUAUGUGUAAGCCCUUCAGUUUCUGUUGGGGGUAGAAAAAAAAACCCACACAAUAAUAACUGUAUGUUGAAAGAGAACAGUUAUUUAUUUCCCCAUACCUAAAUUUGUAGAGUGCCAGAAUAGGCAUGAUACAACAGUGUUGUGAUUUCAGGGCACACAAAGCACUAUCUGUUUUAUGUACCAUGAAAUGUGGAACACGCACAUGUAAAGGCACUUGUCCCAGUCCAUGAAACAAAUGCUGCAUGCCACCAGCUUGAAUGCGCUUGAACUGCGAGUACUGACAUCAGAGCUGAAAGAGUAAUCUGCUUGUCCUAAUCCUUGGCCCUCUGCUCUGCCCUUAAAGCAACAUGCCUCAUGACAUCCAGAUUUUACUUUGCAAUGUGGAAAGUGAUUUUUUCAUCUCUAGGAACACCAGAGAUCUCAGAGUGUACAAACACCAAAAUACUGGUAAAUCUCUCCAGGCUUUUCCACACCUGCUCACCUCAACUGCUAGGAAUGGUGCAAGUACAUGCUUCUCUCUUUCUUCUCUGUCACUUUGCUGAAAGUUACACUGAAAAAGUAUUCAUAAAUUUGACUGUUAUAGAAUAGCAAUAGCAGUAGAAGUCACAUACAAAUAUCCAUAUUAUUCAUUGAUGAGGAGGGGGGGGAAAAAAAGCCCCAUUUCCCGAACCAGUAUGAGUUGAAAGAAUAUGCAAAUUCGCUGUACUUCACAGGAAGCAUAGGAUAGAGGGCUCAGGAAGACAGAUGUGAUGAUUUCACAACUGAGAGAACAGUAGGAUGUGUUUGUUACCACAGCAGGCCCUGAUGUGGAUGCAGAGCUCAAGCUAAUUGCAUGCUCCUAAAGAUUGCUGUUUAUCUGGAGACUGAUUUAAAGCCUGAUGAAAGCAAUGGCUAUCUACUCUGUUGUUAUGAAAUAGUCUGCCUUAAUUUUGAAUCCUUCUAAUGAUUGCUUCUUCCUUUUGUUAUUCUAAAGCUAACGUUUUGUAGUUUUGCACAAAUGCUAACACUUAAAGAUGACUAAAUAUAUUUUUUUCAGUGGAAAGAGUAAGCAGGGAGCUGCAUUGUACUGGUUCUAAUGUCAUACACAGGUGUUAAAAGUUUUCAUGAAGGACACAAUGCCAACCUGUCACCUUCCCUUCUACAAACCUGAAUCCCUUUUGUUACACAGAAUAUUUUACAGUUUUCUCAUAUGCUUUAAUUUUUGUGCCUGGUUUCUCAGUAGGUUCUUUGUGUUUGUUUUGAACUGUGUAUGUCAUUUCCAAAGGAGACAAGUGAUACUUUCAUAGUUUUCAUCUUAGCUCAGCUGAGUGUGUAAGAGAAAACUGUAUAACUCCUCAACUACACUCAGUACAUGACAAAGUACUUGACAACAUUUGAGGUAAGUACAUAAGAAAUUGAAUGUUAAUACAGCUCAGUUUCUUCAAAUUAAAUGAAUGGGUGUAUAAAUAUUUACAGAUAAAUGGGAGUUACUCCUUGGAAGCCCCCAAAAAACAAAUUCCAGAUUAGGUGUUUUUUCAGAUCUGUUUUCCAGCCCUCCAGGCAGCUGUAUGAAUCUAGCACCUCAUCCCUUCUCCAAACUUUCUGGCUGCCCACCCUUUCUCAUUCUCAGUAAUUUUUGGUGAUGAUUUUUCCUCCUCUCUGACACAUUCUUUCAUUUUCUGGCCUUUGAGUGCUUUCUCUGGCAUGAAAACCUAUUGUGGACAUUUGAAUUCAUGUUCAUAUACAAUAUUCAUAAUUCAUAUUAAUGUACGUUAGCUCACUCAGUCCCCAGGAGGGAAUGUCUGAGAGGACACUGAAGAUGACAAGAAGCAGGUUGUUGUAAUAGAAGGCUAUAAGCCUCAUAACUCAUCGCUAAUCAUUGCAAAACCCCUGCCUCAAAGCAGGGAUCUGCAGUACCUGGGUUAAUGUGGACAACAUUAUGUGAAUAGUUAAGAAUGAUACGGAGAAUCCUCUACUGUCCAGAUGUCCUUUCCUACUGAAACACUGUGUAGUCAGAAAUUUGACUGAAAUCUGUCCAAACCUUUCUGUUUGGCUUAUUAAAUGAUUUGUAGACUUUUCUCAUCUGACUAGUGGAUUAUUUGCUAUGAAAACUUUUUUUAACAGCUUUUACAGAGAGGAUGACUCUUGCUGUUACGAGCUCCAUCUAUUCCAUCCAGAGUUGCUCAGAGCUGGAGUUGGACCGUGACCCUCCUGUGGCUCAUGCUCUGCUUAUUACCUCCCAUUCUAGUCCGCUAGUAUUCCAGGCACAGUCACAUGUGAGGGGGACCGGUUUUCCUUUAGUCUGCAUCCGUGUAUGCAACAGACUCAAGACGUUUAGUUCUGUGAGAACAAGUCUUGACUCAAACAGAUCAACCAAGUGCUAUGUUACUUUGGCCAUGCUGUCACAUUCGGAUGCCUUUCAUGUACCCCAAAACUCUUACCAAUCUUGCUGCUUUGCUCUGUUAUGUCCAUUUUUACUUGCCUUCCGUAUAUAACAAUUGGGUAACACAUCCCACUUAAUCGCCCUGUGCUCAUUGGCCUCAUGCUACUGACUGAUGAGUGGUACACUGUAUUCAUUAGAUUAUGGUACUGAUGCUUGUGCAUGUAAACAUACUUAAGUUGAAGACUUUAUGAUCUGGUUUCCCUGCUGUCUGGCCUUGAGCUUUCAUUUCUUAUGAUGCAUUGAUCUUUCAACCCAGCGUGACCAUAAAAACUGGGGAACUGCUAGGUAAUUGCUUGGGUAUACUGGUGAAGAAUCAGGAAUUUACUCUGUGGAUCCUUCAGGAAGAAGUCUUUCAGAGUGCUGAGAUGUAAAACUGUUGUCUUCAAAAAAAAUAAACGUUUUGUUCACGACAGAAACUGAAGGAAGAUAAUUACCUGUGUGACGAAUGGCUGGAAGUCUAUUCAGCAGUCCUGGUGAAGUGCUCUGAUAUGCAUGGGUAGAAUGUCCUCAGGCAAAUGAUUUAAAUCGGGAGUGAAAAGCAUGGCAGAUGAGCAAGAGAUCAUGUGCAAACUCGAGAGCAUCAAGGAGAUCAGAAAUAAGACUUUGCAGAUGGAAAAAAUAAAGGCACGUCUAAAAGCUGAGUUUGAAGCCCUGGAGUCUGAGGAGAGGCACCUGAAAGAAUACAAACAAGAAAUGGACCUGCUGCUGCAAGAGAAGAUGGCGCAUGUGGAGGAGCUGCGUCUGAUCCACGCGGAUAUUAAUGUGAUGGAGAAUACUAUCAAGCAGUCUGAGAAUGAUCUCAAUAAACUCUUGGAAUCUACUCGUCGCCUGCAUGAGGAGUACAAACCCCUAAAGGAGCAUGUAGAUGCUCUGCGAAUGACACUGGGCUUGCAGAGGCUGCCAGACUUGUGUGAGGAAGAGGAGAAACUGUCCCUUGACUACUUUGAAAAGCAGAAAGCUGAAUGGCAGACAGAACCACAGGAGCCUCCCAUCCCAGAGUCUCUGGCUGCAGCUGCAGCAGCUGCCCAACAGCUGCAAGUGGCUAGGAAGCAAGAUACCAGACAGACAGCAACGUUUAGACAACAGCCACCUCCAAUGAAGGCCUGUUUAUCCUGUCACCAGCAAAUUCAUCGGAAUGCACCAAUAUGUCCACUCUGCAAGGCAAAAAGCCGAUCUCGGAAUCCCAAAAAGCCCAAAAGGAAACAGGAUGAAUGAAACGCAGAAAACUGCUGAGCAAAGUGUGACCUUUUCCAAUACCAUUCCGGUAGAACUGUAAAUGUGGCCAGACUUUACUGAAGUACAGACUCAAGUACGACCAACUCAUUGUUUUCUAUCAAUGCAAUGUAAGCACAAUGUUUCUGUUCUGUUUUGAUUUUGUUCUAGCCCUUAGGAUGUUUUAGGAAAAUAAGUAUUAAUGGUGCUACAGUUUAAUGUUUCGAUCAUUCCAUUUUUUGGAUUCCUAAGCAAUAUAGAAUUCUUAUGUGAAUAUCCUAGACAUCAGGCUAUGAUUGUUGGCCAAAUGCAAUUACUACAGAUACUUUCUUGUCCUGUUUUUCAUAGUCAUAGAAUGGCUUGGAUUGGAAGGCACUUAAAGGAUCACGAAGCUCUAACCCCCCCACCUCUGCUGCAUGCAGGGCCAACAACCCUCCCCAUUUAAUACCAGACCAGGCUGCCCAGGACCCCAUCCAACCUGGCCUUGAGCACCUCCAGGGAUGGGGCAUCCACAGCCUCUCUGGGCAGCUGUUCCAGCACCUCACCACCCUCAUAGUAAAGAACUUCCCCCUGACAUCCAACCUAAAUCUUCCCUCCAUCAACUUAAAACCAUUUCCCCUUGUCCUGCUAUUAUCUACCCACUCAAAGAGUUGACUUUUAAAUUAGAUGUCACCAAAAGAUCAUUAAUUUUUCUCCUGAUAACAGGAGACCAUUUGAAAUGCAGAAAAAAUGGUUGGUUUCUUUUACUAAAGAACAAAUUGUUUUCCAAGCUAGUAAAAUUGCAUAGCCUCGGGUAUCAAAUGUUGUAAGUUUUUUUUUCCUUUUCCUUCUUUAAUUCAGGGGAAAAAAUGUUUAUACAAGAAAUCAGUGCAUUAAGGACACAAGUGAAUUUCGAUUUACUGAGUUUGACUGUACUUUCAGUCAAAUUUGGCUUAAGGUUUGGAAAAGGGAUCCAGUUAUAGGCUGUGUAUGAAUUACUGAAAAUGACAAGGUGUUAAAGCAUUGCAUGGAAUAAGGUGGUAUUACUUUAGCAGUCAGAAAACUGACUGAAAUGGGUACACUAGUGGUCCUUCUAGGAUCUGAGGUAAAUCCAAUGUGUCCACAGGCUGCAACAGUAGCCAUUCUGCACAGCUCUUGUUUCUGGAUUCUACAGCAAAAAUCUCCUUUGUCAGGCAUAUCCUUGGCUGGAUUACAGGGAAGUUCAGUAACGCGUACCAGGAGCAGUGCCAACUUAAAUCAUGCAGUUCAUCAGAACUGUUGUUUUUGGUUUUUUUUUUUUCCCUAACCAAAACUUUGUAUUGUUACCUCUUUCAAUAAGCCAUUUUGAAAUUAGUUUUAUUUCAGUCUGUUUUCUACUUUCUCUGCAUGUGUACCAGAAGAAUGCUGACUGCAGGUUCCUGCAGACCCCUCCCUGUAUCUGUUUCAUCUCCAGUAACUGUUUCUCCCACUGGGAGCAUGGUAAUGACCCAGCUAUGGAGCUGGGACUUCUGUUUUACCUUCCUAAUUCUAGUUUUGUCACCAACAUGGUUGUUCAUUGGUACUGUAUAUUAUUUUCACUAACUUCAGGAGACUUUUUUUUUUUUAGCACAAGUUUUCUUCUACUACUAUAUUAGUAUGGUGAUACUGGGAAAUUUGCUUGUUGAAGAAGAACAGUGAAGCCCUGUAGUCAAUGGUCAGAACUGUACCAUAUGGUGGGGUCUGUAUAAAUUCACAGAAAAUUAUUUUGCUGGCCAAGUCUCAUAUGUUGCCAUUCAUUUCCAAACUCUGCCAUGAAGUACACAAAUAUUUUACUGAACUGUAACUUAUAUACUAUAACCUCCUAUAAGUUAUGCCAAGAUCAAUCAGUUCUCUCACAUUUUAAUGUUUCAUAACCAAAUAAACAUCUGUAAGCAGGGCAGACAGAAUGUGGACAUUGAAAAGAUGUCAGGAAUGAGUUCUGUAACCUCUGUUACCCGGAGUUGUUCUCUGGGAGUUAGUGAUAAAGGAGGAUGGCAUAACCUCAUGUUUUCUUUACCACACAGCAGUAGUGCCCCAACUCUCUAUCUUCAUGCAUAUUUCCUAACAUAAAUUGUGUUCUGGUUUUAAAUGCCAGAGAGACUGUAUGCUGUGUACCCUGCUCAGAGCAAUUCCUGCUUAAUUUAAAGGAAGAUAUACCCAGGGUUUAAGACUAGCAUAUGGAUUCCUUCAGUCUGCAUGCAUUAAAACAGCAUACUUUUUGUGAUAGAUAUUGUUAAAUUUAAGAACUAAUUGGAGAAUGAGUGAAUGGCUUGCAGUGAAGUAGUGUAUGUGUGUAUAGAAGUGUAGACUUUUAGGACAGAUUUACAGUCCUGAAAUAGAUGGGGGUUAGUCCUAGCUGUUCUUAUUUCACUGUUGCUAUGCCAAGUUCUUUAUUUCUUGGGGAUCUCUAGAGUUCUAGACUGAAGCAUGCUUAAGGAUGCACCAUCUCCUAAUUUUGUAUGACAGUUUAGUAUUAUUGCUUUUGUUUUAAACUUGUCUCUUGUGCCCUUGUGUUUGACAAGGUUUUUUUAUUUUAAAAAAGAAAAAUGUGUAUGACAUACUGUAUUUCUAUUAAUCACAUUAUUGUUUACAAAUCUGUUUGCACAUCUUUCCUGAAGUUCAGUCGUAUGACUAGUGAGUUUUUGUUGAGAAAGUCAAACUCUUCCAAUGAGACAAAAAUCCAUAUUAUAUAUUAAAGGAUCCUGGGGGCAGGGGGUUGGAGAGACGCGUUAUCUUUCUUAGGGAGCUGGUAAUCUGUCAUCUGACAGGCAGUUCUGAUUAAGGAAAACUGAAGAGCUCUUCUGGUGACAGCCUUCAUCGCAGGAGUCUUUCUUGAGAGACUUUGAGACGGUUAUGAAAAACUGAUUCCCUGAUCUGUCAGAGGAGGCAGCUAUCUGAAGAAUGGUUUUUAUUACAGAACUAUGGUAUUUGUGCUUUCUGAAGCAAAAAUAGCCUCUUCAUUUGUACCUAAAGUUCUUUCACUCUGCUUAGAUUCAUUCCUAUUCAGGUUAAAUUAACUUAAUAGCCGCAAAGAAACCCUUGCUACAUAUGCUGAGGGGCUGUUUAAGCCUUGAAUCCUUUAGAAGACUUUUAUAUUUCUAACCCAUGGUUUGACCCUGGUCAUUCCCUUUUCCUUGUGUAUGUACAGAGGAUUUCCUGUGAUUGGUUCCUGGGGUCCUUCCUCAGUUUUUCAUCUGCCUUGUAUGGUAUAGUCCUGUUCUUCUGCAGCCAAAUGGCACGGAGUUCACAAGCAUCUCCCUAUUCCUGUCACCCAAUUUAAGCUCAUGCUAAAAGGAUGAAAGCAUUUUACUGUGUAAAAUGGCUUUACUAUUUAAAACAAAACAAAAACAAAAACAAAAAAAAAAAAACAAAAAACAAAAAAAAAAAAAAAAAACACAAACCCCAAGACAUAACAAAGCUGGGGUUGGUCAAUUACUGAAACUUUACUGCUGAGUACUCCAUGAUGUGUAAAGAAAAUCUAAGUCAACUUUGAAUAAUUGCACUGAAUGAAUUUAGCUUUGACUUUCUAAACAGUGCAUGUGGCUUCAAGUUACAUGACCUACUUUUGAAAGAAUAGCCAUUGGUGUGCUAUUUUAAGUACCAGACUAUUUAAGAAGUCAGGACUGUACUAGCAGUUUAAAUAAAUGAAGUGCUUUCCCUUAUUUUGCAGUUUGCUAUGUCCCUUGAAAUAGGUUUUCAUUUUAGCUUUUAGGCAUUUUAACAAUACCUGGAGUGUUUCAAUGGUUUCUGAUAUUUCUGUGUUAAUAUAUUUCAUUCCUCUGACCGGGAUUGACCUGUUAACUUCUCUGUACAAUGCUUUUUAAUAAAAUUCUGUUUCAUGUCA